CAGCGUUCGGACGCCAGGCAAGCAGGUUCUUGCAGUCGUCCGACGAACACAAAACUCAAACGACGCGCUAUCGCGACUUUGCGAAGGAAAUAACGGUACUGAUCCACACCAUCGGUCAGGGCUAUCAUCUCGGUAUUUUUGUCUGGAAGGAAUAUUACCCAUCGCUGUGAUAAAAGAAAAACAAAAAAAAAAAAUCGCGCAGAGAAUACUCGAGCUCGUAAUGUCACGAUAUAAAUUUGUUAAAACGGUGAAUGCAUCGGAAAACGUAUAAAAGAAACAAGUAAAUAGAAGAAAGGAAAUCACUCCUAGCACAGGAAACAACAAUUAAUCAACAGAUCAUCAUCGAUUCGAUAACAUUGUUAUAAUUUUACAAUCAAGGAUAUAUAUAUGCUUGUAGUGAUAAUUUUAAUACACGUGAUACGGUGAGGCGGGAAGAAAUUUUAUUCUGGAUACAAUAAAAAAGAAGAAUAAUAAUUUUGUGAAACAAUUAAAUCGGAAAAUUACUGCUGGUGAACCCAUCAAAUUUACAUGUGAUUAAACUGAACUACGAUGUAACUAUGAAGCACAGGUGUUCCUAAAAAAUUUUAUACCUUCGUCUUCUGUGAAUAAUGAAUUACCCGGUGGUUGAGCUGCUGCUGUUUCUAGCAGGGACAUUCUGCGCAGUAGCAGCAACUUCUCCGUGUCCAUGGGGUGACAAUGUUGCAGAACUACAGGGUUCAUGUAUCUGCGACUACAAUCUAGCGAAAGAACUUUCCGUCCAGUGCGAUGUCGUGGAUUACGAAAAGUUGGUCGGAGCCCUGCACGAGUACGCCUCGAACAUCGUGAUAGAGUUGCUCUACGUCAACGACAGUUCAAUCGGCGUACUUAAGAACGGCUCACUAUCGACGUUGAACAUUAACAACAUCCAACUUUCGGGAUGUCACAUCAAGACGAUUGAGAGCGACGCGUUCAAGGGCCAGCAAAAGUCCCUGAAGAACUUGAACCUGAGAAAUAACGAGUUAACGGAAAUUCCAUCGCGCUCCGUAGAAGUUCUGAAAAAUCUAACGGUCCUCGAUUUAUCGAUGAACAAACUGACCAAGGUGCUCGACGAUGCUUUUGCCAAACUGAAUCUAAUCACGCUGAAGUUAUCCGACAAUGAGGUGACCAUUUCUCCGGGUGCGUUUAGGGGGUUGGAUAAGACGCUCAAAAACUUGAAUCUGAAGGGCACGAGGCAGAAGAAAAUACCGGAAGCACUCCGGGGUCUGAAAACCCUAGCAUUCCUCGAUUUGUCUUACAAUAGUCUGCGGGAACUUCCGGGGUCAGCUGGACGGCUGGCAUUCGACGGACUCGACGCGCUGACUGGAUUAAAUUUGGAAAGAAACUUCAUUCAAAACAUCGAACCCGAUGCUUUUUACGGGAUUAAAAACACUUUGAGCUCACUCAGCCUGCUGAGCAAUCUUAUCCCCGACUUUCCCACCGCGGCUAUCAACAGUGUUCAUGAUUUAAGAGUUCUGGACAUCGGGUUCAAUCUGAUCACCCUACUACCGGCAAACGCCUUCCAAGGUAAUCCGUCCUUGACGCUACUUGCAAUUGAUGGCAAUCCACUACCGACUGUGCCUGAAGCGGCGUUAAUGCACCUCAACGGAACAUUGCGCGGUUUGAGCUUUGGUGGACCAUUUUUAAACUGUGACUGCAAGCUUCGCUGGAUUAUCGAAUGGAUACGCAACCAGGACCUGCAAGUUACCAGUCGAGAGAAACCCCAGUUUUGUGGUGGCCCAGGAAAUCUGCAGAACAGAACGUUUUACAGCAUCAAAUCCGAAGAACUGGUCUGCCCUACUGGAGUGAUUGCCGUUGGCACGGUAGAAAGUGUGGAUACAAAAGAUAUCGUAGGUGAUGUGGAAGAAGACACAGUAGAAGCAGUCUUGCCACCGACUCGUACGUCGACAACUAGUACUCAACGGCCAUCAACUGCACCCCCAUCAUCGUCAUCAUCCAGUACACAUCGUUCGGUUGUUAAUUUGGAAAAGAUCACAGAAGACCCAGUUGUUUCUACGACAACAUUGCGGACAACCAGCAGACCCUCCAUGAGUAGAACCGGCAACGUUGUCAUAACCAGAACGACAAUAUCGCCUCUGAAGCAUCAGCAAGAUCACAGUAUCUUACAACAACACCAGCCCAAACCGCCACUCGUCCUCGGAUCCCCUAUUUACAAAAUGACAAGGGGAUCCGACAAGGGGAUCAUCGUCAAAGACGUUUUGAGGCAGGAUAACACAGUCAUCAUCUACUGGGAUACUGAAGGCCUGAACAGUAUUGGAUUCAAAGUAAUUUACCGUCUCUUUGGUGAGACUAGUUUCAAGUCGGGUCCACCGCUUGGCAACAAUGAGCGUGAAUUUAAAAUAAAGAACGUUCCCGCUCAGGAGUGCAUGAUAGUCUGCGUUGUUUCGUCGGAAGAGACAGACAUGAGCCCUGCGAAUGUUCCGUAUAACCAAUGCAAGGAAGUGAGGACAGAGAAUUCGCCGACCUCAAACAUGGACAAAAUAACGAUUGCAGCCAGCGCUGCAAUCUGUGCGACAAUCGUCGUUGCCGUCGUGAUCUUCGUCGUCGCGAAUCGACGAAGAGCCAGGAAAUUGCACACCCUCCAUAAUCUGGAUCAAAAUAAAAUGGGUGGACCUAUCGCAGGCUUACCGGUCAAUUGUUGUUCAGGUAUUGGGCCAACUCCAAGCCCGGGUGGACCGUUGUCUUCAUUGGCGACUUUGAGCGCAUUCAACAAUCAAAAAGACUGGGACCAAGUAUCAGCCUACAGCACUAGGAGCAUCCCUAGGCCAAGAGUUUUCCCAAUGGAACGCCAAGGUUCGAUAAACAGAGCUGCAUGUAUCGAUGAAAUGAGGCCGCAAAGUCAACAUUUUGGUGUCGGAAAAGUCUCGACUCGGUCAAUUGCUGACGGACAGUCACAGCAUAGUUUUUCGAACAAUUCGACACGAUAUUUCGGGUCAAAUCCCGUACCAUCGAAUCUUAUCAGUUCACGACCAGAAUUGCGGCAGUCACGCCAGUCUCUCGCAGCGGCGUCCGACAGGCUUUCACGGGCCAGCUUCCCGACUAACCAGGCCCAUCAGCCGCACACAUCAGCUAGGCGACAGCGUCCGAGAUCGCGUAAUCGCACAUUAGAACAAGACCCGCCUCGCCCAGGGAGUAGGUACAGUUUAGCAGACUCAAACCACACUCUGAACAACUACGAGGAAAACAACUGGACGGAUCAUGACAUGGAUAUUUAUAUGGCCCGAAACCCAACAACGAGGGGUGGUCUUGUACCAUUAUGAUCUUAAUGUGUAUUCUUCAUCAUUCUGCUCAACCAUAUUAGAGAAUCAAUGGGCCCCACUAUCUGAAUCAAAAGUUUGGAAAAGAAUAUAAAUCGUUUGACAAAUUUCCAGUAAUAUUAUUUGUACCGAUGAUAGUGCCCUACUAUGUAAUAGCAGUGAAUCUGAAUAAAUUCCAGUAUCAUAAGCUACGAUGUCAUCAACAAUUUGUAAAAACUACUUUUAAUUGAAUAAUUCAAAAUCAUUACAUUUUGGUGUUUUAGAUCCAAUUCUAAUGUUUUCAGGCUCAAUAUGUUCACUAUAGAGGCUUUCAAAGAUCACCUUAACAAAAUUUUACAGACAGUUAUCUCUAGAUUGGAUAAAGAAUAUAUUUCUGUAAGUACGGUGCAAAGAAUGUUAGUCAACAAUUAGAUUUUCACGUUAUAACUAUACUAUGACAUAAAAUCGCUCGAGAAUUUUCCAGGGUGUCUGAUUAGUGAGUAAAAUAAGCCCAUAUUAGAACCGAUUCAAAAACACUAGAUUUUAAGCGAUUCAAACGUUCUAAUUAUAAAAUUUGUUCUCAAAUUGAUGAUAUCUGAAUUUGUAUUAUUCAAAGUCGCACAGAUUUAUUUCUAUCACAUAAUAGGAGAGCAGUUUUAAUCGCAUUCACUAUCAUUGGCACAAAUAACAUUUCUGUAAUUUUUUUCAAUAAUUUCUUCCUUUUUCCCAACUUUCGAUUUUGGGUCCAUAAAUUCUUGAAAUCGUUUAGCGUAAGUCAACUAAAAGUAGCUAGGUAUUAAUGUAUCAUACUCUACCGCUUAAGUUCGAUUAAAAAAAAAUUAGGUGUUGAAAAUAUUUUUACAAAAAUAAUGCUGCCAGACAGUUUUUACGUUUUUUUGAAGAUAAAUUAAUGGUAAAACUGUCGUCGCCACAUUUUGUGUUGCGACAGGAAUCGUUAAUUAUGUAGUACAAGAAAAGAAAUGAAAGAAUAGAAACUUUGUUGACAAUGUAGAGACAGUUUCCCAGAUAAUUAACUUGACUAAAGGUAAUUAAUCAGGCUAACAUAAACGUGACUUGUAAAGGGAAUGUUUAAAAAAAAGUCUAGGCAUACGCACAUGGAGAAUAUUAUCAAUUCAAUUCUAGAAACAAUGCAGUACUGCAGGCUUCAACCGUUUGAUGAUGCACACUAAUGAAAACUAACUUUCUACUUACC